AUUAUCACGGUAUCAUUAUUCUAUUAUCUAAUAAAUUACAUCACUGCACAUUCUGUACACUGUCACUGAGCAGUUUAUGUCAGGCACAGUGAUCUAUGUAGAGUAUGCUAUUUUUCCAAUACCGGAGGUCAAACUCACCCACUGAGAGUGCAUGUCGGGAUCCUAUACUUAGCUAAUAGGAGGUAAGGACCGCAAGGGAAAUCUCACUAGCCACUCCCUGUAAAAAAGUAAACAGGAACAGUGAGUACUAAAUGAAUGUGAACUGAAUGUAUUACUGAUGCUGUAGUCUUUGAACAUUGUUUGUUGGACUACUGGUGUCACUACUACUAAUUGAGUAGCCAGUGGUGUUCUCAAAUUGUUGAUAAAGUUGGCAUAUUGUCAUUAUAAGGGUCAACCUGGCAGUCAUGGCCAACCAGGAAGACAUGGCACACCUGGACCAGUGGGGCCUAAGGGAUCUCGUGGAACUAAUGGAGUUCCUGGCCGAUUUGGUCCGCCAGGUCCACCAGGGCCUUCAGGGAUACAAGGUUCUGUCUACUACAAGUUUAUGAGCGCAGCCUGGUUGAUGGACAAUGCUCAGUUUUAUGAGCAACCUGUUUUCAGGAAAGCACAUCUUGAAUUUGGUGAGGGUUCACUUAUGGAUGGACGUCUGCUCAAGGUGGAACUUGCUGCUCCUCGUAGACUGUCAUCAGAGGUUACUUACCUUGUGAUCAUCACAUUUUACAUGUCAAACCUCACUCGUGACAGUGAUUUUUAUGUGGCUCUAUGUGAUGGCAGUGUUUGUGCUGGUUACCAGUACAAUGAUGACAGUGCAAUUAGAGUACAUGAGUGGUCUGCUCUGUCAAAAACUUGUGUCAACAACAGACGGUGGUCAGAAUGGAGAAACAAGAACGCUCACUUUUGGGAACUCCGAUAUGAGUUAACUCCAAAGUACUCUCUUGGUAUUACAUUUAGUCCAUCUGUGGACAGAGCCUUGUCACAUGUGUAUGAUGCAGUGCUUAAUCCUCACAAUGGACUAUGGAUCACUGUGUGCCGUAACAAUGCUAAUGAGCAAUAUGAAUUUCACUACCUUGAAACAGCUGUUCAGGAAGAUACGUUUGUAGUCUAAUGCACGAAUUAAAUGGUAUUUGCAAUGAUUUCAAGUUGAUGGAUGAGCCGUGUGGUAACUUAAAAAGAGUCUAGAUUGACAGAUAAAUUAUAAAUCGGUAGUUGUAACUCUUCAGAUGUAGACCAGAGAAUCAGUAUGCAUGUUUGGACAUCUACUGUGAUUCUUACUGAUAUAAUCUCAUUGAUCAUUGAUGUUUACUUA